GAAAGACGAGCCGUACAUACAUACAAGUCCGACUAAUGUAUUAAAAUACUUAUGGUAAUAGUCACAAUUUCUAUGUAUAAUUGAUAAUGUCAUCGUUCUUUAAUUACCGCCUUUAAUAAAAUUAAUUAAAGAUAAACAUUGAACUAGUGUAACUAAUUCGACUAAAAAGAACAGACUUAGUAUCUCAUCGAUGAUGUGCUUGCUAGAGCUAUUAUUCAGGUACUCCAGGUUUGUAGUACUUGGACAACAUAACCUAUAUAUGAAAAUUAUUUACAUUUUCUUGUAAGUACACGUGAGCCGUGAAGAAGAUGCAGUUAACAAUGUCGAAAGGAUUUAACAAAGAGGAAGUGCGAAAAAUGCUUAAAAAAGAAGAGGAAUUUAUUUCACAUACAUUAUCUAUAAUGCCUUUAUCGACGCGCGAAUUAGCUGAAAAACAUCACCCAUUGUCGAAGGAAGAAGAGCCUACAAAAAAGGUGAAGACUUUUACUAUACCUGGCAAAAAAACUAAAAGAGCCCAUACCUUUGAAGAGUUACAUGCAAAAUUAGAGGAAUUAAAGGGUGUAAAGAAGUUGGAUUAUAAACAGAAACUUCUUAAGAAAACUUUGAAAAACAAAAUAAAGAAAAAAACAAAAAAGGAAGAACGUUUACUACAGAAAAGGCUUGCUAGGAUAGAACAGAAUACAUCUGGUGGUAAUAAAAUAAAGACUGAAAAUGAAGAAGUGCCAAAAGUGCCAAAAGCAAAACCUGUUUUUAAUUCAGAGGGUAAAAUGGUGUUUAGUAAAUUUGAUUUUUCUGAGAUUGGUAUAAAGAAAAAAUUACCUAAAAGUCAAAAUGAUCCUAAAAGAAUGUUACAACAGCUACAGCAUAAGAAAGAAAAAUUGAAGCAAUUGGAAAUAUCAGGUGAUAAGGAAAAAGCUGAAGAUAUUAGAGAAAAAGAGGCGUGGAAAUCUGCAUUGGCAAAAGCAACUGGUGAAAAAAUUAAAGAUGAUCCUGAAUUGUUGAAACGUACUAUAAAACGAAAUGAGCAGAAGAAGAAACACAGUGCAAAGAAAUGGAAUUCCAGGAUAGAAAAUGUACAGAAAUCUAUGCAGGAAAGGCAAGAAAAACGACGAGAAAAUAUUAUGAAAAAGAAAAAAGAAAAGAAACAGAAUAAACUGAAAAAGGCAGGGAAGAAAGGACGCAUAACAUCCGGAUUUUAGUCGUUAAUUGUUUAUGUAGCUAUAAUUUACGCUGUAAAAUUUAUAUUUUUAGAAUUUUUUUAAAUUUUUAUUUUGAUUAUCAUGUAUAUCUGACUGUCAAAAUCAUAUUUACCGAUCUAAUAUAAAAAGAUAUUUUAUUGUAUGUUAUAUUGGCUGGCUGAAUGGCUAGAUGUUUAUAAAGGUGUACAUUGAACGACGUGCUUGUAUACAGUAUCUAUAAUACAGCCACGAAUAAUAACUUUAUUCAUGUAAUUUUCGUUUGUACAUUAAUUAAAAAUCUGUAUUUA